AUGGCCGUAGAAUACCUCAAUGCGGCAGAUGCUCGGCGUCUGCUUGACUUCCUCAGUGAGGGGAAGCUUAAAUUUUCUGCGAUUGAAAAGGUAUUUAAAGAAACCUUUUCAAGGGAUUGUUUUUUUAAUAUUUCUAGAGCAAUUCAGCAGAUGGUCCAGGGAAUGAUUGUGUCACCGGAAGGUAUCGGAUUGGUGUCCUCUCUUUUUAUCUUGGAUAUUAUGUGCAAAAUGGAUUGUGAAGUUGCCAAAUCCGUAUUCUAUGGUACGCUUCUGGAGUUAGAACGAGCCAUGAGACAAGAUGUUUGUAUUGCAGAGCAAAUAAAGUACGCAUCGAAAGAGACAAAGGAAGGGAAAAAGGUAUUUGAGGCUAAUAAUGCAGACAAGUACCGUCUUCAUUGUGCGGCAAAAGAGUUUGCUUUCCGACUACUGGCUAACAAAGUAGCCCCAGAUGAGACAUCGCUUACUGUGCUUAAUGAUAAACAAGAACAUAUUGAUGCGGCUUUGAAUGCGUGGGAAACUAACAGUGUGCAGCUGAAGGAAUCUAUUUCUAAUAUUGCUCACUGCUGGACAUUGGAUACUGAAAAAAAUACAUGUGAAACAUUGUCAAAAAACUCAGCUCUUGUUGAUUCUGGCGGUCGUACAGCUUUGGUACUACAGGUUACACGCCCACAGCUCCCUUUUUUACCAUUGGCACCUGGUGAGCUUCAAUUUUUAUUGCCAGCACCUCCUUCAAAUGAUUUGCUUCUUAUAAAUACUGAUCCAGCUACUGAAGAAUGGAAACUAGCAAAAAAAAUGAUUGUUUCGGGCUGUGAAAUAUCACUUAAUAAAGAAGAGCAACAAAAACUUAUUCAAACACUUUCUUCUGGUGAUGUGUUUAAUCGAGUUGGAAUAAAUGUUGAAUUGUUAAGUCGUAUGGCGAUACAUAACCCAGAUGUGAGUGCUGCACUAAUAUUGAAACUUCCUCCUCAGGAGGGUAAUCAAUGUGUUCAGCAUAUACUUAAGAGUUCUAUUCCACCAGAGCAUGCUGAAACUGUUCUUCUUCACGCAUCAAAAAUACUACAACAGAACAAUCUUCGCACCUAUAUCACUGGUAAACUCAAUACUUUGAAGGAAAAAACAAGUCUCUCCUCUAGUGAUAAAGAUGCAGUGAAAAGUUUUAUCAUGACCCUUCACCAAUUGGUUACCAAGACUUCGAAAGAAAAUAAAGAAAUGUACAUCGCGGAGGCACUGAAAAAUGAUAUUACUCAAUUGUGUGAAAAGUGUGACCUUCCAGAGGUAACAGCACGGUGGGAGGAAUUGAAGUAA